GAUGUUUUUCUUUUGCCGAAGAAGACCACAUACACAAGCAGAGCAAUGAAAAGAACAUGGAAAGCAUGAAUGGAUGAUCUCUAUCAUUUUCUCUCUCUCAAGUCUCACAAUCUUCUGUUUUAAGCAGUUAUUUCUCUGUUUAUUGUUGGGUGCUUCUCAAAGUUUGAAUCUUGAGUACGAAACUAAGGAAAAUAUAUGAUGGGGUCAAAGUUUCCGAUGACCCAGUUGGGGACAUCACCUAGAUACACGAUUUCUGCACAGAGAGGUUUUCUUGCAUACAAGUAUUCACGAAGAAUACUCUCAGAGCAAAAGUUUCCGUUCAAGUUUGUGCCACAGUCUUUAGGGGAUAAAUGGAAGCUAAAUGACAUAAGUACUGGUUCUAUUCAAGAAAGAUUGAAUGUAUUGAUGUCAAGGACCCAAAAUUUUUUGAAUGAAGUGACUUUUCCACUUGCAAAACCUGGUCAAAGUAAGAAGCCUGAUCCUGUAAAUGAUUUUGGAUUUCAAAUCAUGGAAGACAUAUUUAUGAUAGAGCAGACAAUUGACCGCAGAACGCCAAGUGGGGUUCUUUCUCUAGCUGCUGUAAUUUGUAUUGAACAAUUCAGCAGGGGCUUGUGGAGGAAUGAAACCACUGCAUCAAGUACACCCACCUCUGAUCUUAACAGAGAGGGCUGUUGCCAUAUUUGCAGGAUGAAUGGAUUGACUGGUAAGAAAAUGCAGAAAAUAUUUGGAGCUCUGGUGCCUGAAUCUGUAUAUAAUGAUGCCCGUAAUUUGGUUGAAUAUUGCUGCUUCAGAUUUUUGUCUAGAGAUGGUUCUGCUAUUCAUCCUUCCCUCCAGGACCCUGCAUUCCAGAGGUUGAUAUUCAUAACCAUGGUUGCCUGGGACAAUCCUUAUACCGACAACCUUUCCAGCAAUGCAGAGAAGACUUCUUUACAGAAUAAACUUGUCACUGAGGAGGCUUUUGUUCGUAUUGCUCCUGCAAUCUCUGGUGUGGUUGACCAUCCCACAGUGCACAAUCUUUUCAAGGCUCUUGCUGGCAAUCAAGAGGGCAUUUCUGUGAGCUCAUGGCUGAAUUACAUUAACGAGUUUGUCAAAGUGCGUCAAAAGCAGAUAUCGUAUCAGAUUCCAGAGUUUCCUCAACUGUCUCAGGAGAGAAUUUUAUGCACUAGUUCCAACAGUAAGCGACCUGUUUUGAAAUGGGAGAAUAAUUUGGCCUGGCCUGGCAAACUUACUCUAACAGAUAAAGCAAUCUAUUUUGAGACAGUUAGCAUACUGGGGGAGAAGAGAGCCAUGAGAUUGGAUCUUACAAGUAAUGGCUCACAAGUAGAGAAGGCAAAGGUUGGGCCGUUAGGGUCUUCACUUUUUGAUUCUGCUGUUUCUGUUUCCUCUGGCUCAGAGACAAAGUUGAAUAGGUGGGUGCUGGAAUUCAUUGAUUUAGGAGGUGAGAUGAAGAGGGAUGUUUGGCAUGCAUUUAUAAAUGAAGUCAUCACUUUGCACAGGUUCAUACGUGAGUAUGGACCUGAUGCGUAUGAUGAGUCGCUUUUUAAUGUAUAUGGAGCUCGCAAAGGAAGUGAUAGGGCUACAACCUCUGCUAUUAAUGGUAUUGCUAGACUCCAAGCCCUUCAAUAUUUGCGGAAGUUGCUUGACAAUCCCACCAAACUUGUUCAGUUCUCAUAUUUACAGAAUGCACCACUUGGUGACAUUGUCCUCCAAACUUUAGCUGUUAACUACUGGGGAGGUCCACUAGUUACUGGAUUUGUAAAUACCCGCAAUCAGUCAGAAACUCGACCUUCUGAUGAAAUAGCUGAUAGCCGCAACCAUGUAUUUGACAUAGAUGGAAGUAUCUACUUGCAGAAGUGGAUGAAAUCUCCAUCUUGGGGUUCAAGUACUUCCACUAACUUUUGGAAGAACACAUCAGUAAAAGGUUUAAUAUUGAGUAAGAAUCUUGUUGUGGCUGAUUUAUCACUCACAGAAAGAGCAGCAAAAAUAAGCAGACUAAAGUACCACGUUGUGGAGAAGACUCAAGCCACCAUUGAUGCUGCAACUCUGCAAGGCAUACCCAGCAACAUUGAUCUUUUCAAGGAGCUAAUGUUUCCUUUCGCCUUGAUUGCGAAAAACUUUGAAAAGCUUAGGCAUUGGGAGGAGCCACACUUGACUAUUGCAUUUCUUGGACUCACCUAUACAAUACUUUAUAGAAACCUGGUGUCGUAUAUGUUUCCCAUGAUGCUGAUGAUUUCGGCAGUUGGCAUGCUCACAAUCAGGGCCCUUAAAGAGCAAGGACGCCUUGGACGAUCUUUUGGUGAAGUCACAAUACGUGAUCAGCCCCCAUCCAAUACUAUUCAAAAGAUCAUUGCAGUAAAAGAUGCCAUGCGUGAUGUUGAAAAUUUUAUGCAGCAAGUGAAUGUCUCCCUCCUCAAAAUACGUUCUAUUUUACUUUCUGGCCAUCCACAGAUAACUACUGAGGUUGCAAUGAUACUGAUAUUUUCUGCAACCAUACUCCUCAUUGUCCCAUUCAAGUACAUCUUUUCCUUUCUUCUCUUCGAUAUGUUCACAAGGGAGCUUGAGUUUCGGAGAGAAAUGGCUCAGAAGUUCAUCAAAUUUUUGAGAGAACGGUGGCAUGCGGUGCCUGCUGCCCCCGUGUCAAUUUUACCUUUCCAAAAUGAAGCCAGAUCAGAAAUUUACUUGAAAGAAAUUGAGGACCAAUCAAAAUCACAAGGAAAUCAGAGCAGUGGAAAGUCCAGGUAGCUAGUGCCACCAUUUUCAGUGUUGCCGACAGAUAAUGUAAAUAAGUAAAUUUUGUUUCAAUUUUAUUUCUUUUGUAAAGAAAAAUAGGAAGGUCUUUCACUAACUUUUUCUCCCUUUGGAUUUGUUAUACGGAACGCCUGAGUUGGGUAGUUUUCAGUUUUACUUUUUUCCUCAUGUUGAACAAUGUUGGUUCCCAUUGAAGAAAAUGCAUGAUUAAUUACAACAGAUAAAA